CGAAAUUGCUGGGAGAUCCUUCAGCCUGCUGUCCUUUGCAAUUGAUUUGGGCUUUGCUUUAAAACUGCUACCACCUGGAUUCCUUCAAAAGACUUUAGCAUCUCAUAUUGGCCGUUCCACCAUUCUUGGUCUGAUCAUGGCGAUGGGCUUUUCUCCAGAGCAGGUGGCGUGUGUAUGUGAGGUUCUGCUCCAGAGUGGCAGCAUGGAUCGCUUGACCUCAUUUUUGUGCUCUUUGCCUCCCACAUCCUCCACCAUCUAUCUGGGGACGGCGCAGAGCCAGGAGAGCGUGCUGAAGGCGCGGGCCGCAGUCGCAUUCCACCACUGCCGUUUUGCAGAGCUUUAUGCCUUGUUGGAGGGGAACAUGUUCACUCCUCGCAGUCACCCUCUCCUGCAGCAACUCUGGCUCCGGGCGCACUACAUGGAGGCUGAACUGCAAAGGGGCCGUCCUCUCGGGGCUGUAGGGAAAUAUCGGAUCCGUCGCAAAUUCCCACUGCCUCGUACUAUCUGGGAUGGAGAAGAGACCAGCUACUGCUUCAAGGAAAAGUCUCGCAGUGUGUUGAGAGAUUGGUACUGCAGAAAGCCAUACCCUUCACCACGAGAGAAACGAGAUUUGGCUGCAGCCACUGGUCUCACUGCUACACAAGUCAGCAACUGGUUCAAGAACCGCCGUCAGAGGGACAGAGCUGCAACUAGCCGUCAAGGAACAUCAGCAGGAGUGUUCCUGAGCUCUGAUGAGGAACUUUCUCCACCAGGCAGCCCCAGCACACUGUAUUCCUGCUCUCUGUCUGCACACCCGCCCCCUUUACGUCACCUGGGAACAGCACAAUACUAGGAUACAUUAAAUGCAUUGUAGGUUCAAGAUCAGCAUUGGUUCAAUUUUUUAUCUUAUAAAAAAUAUUACUACUAUUUAUACCAUGGGUCUGUUUGAAUGCUUUGUUCUGAUUUGCUGAGAAAUGUUUCAUGGGUGUUGAUUAUUUUUCU